UAUACUCUUCUUAAUUUAAAUCCCCAAAAAUUCAACAUUAAGGUCCUUGCACAAUUGAAGUGUUCUUCAAGCCAUCAAAAACUCAGUCUCUCUUCAUUAGCAAAAGCACUUUGCGAAAAACUUCGAUUCGUUUCUCUAAAAUCACUCUCCAAUGUCGAUCUUUGAGUAUAAUGGAAGUGCUUUGGUUGCGAUGGUUGGGAAAAACUGUUUCGCUAUUGCGAGUGAUAGGCGUUUUGGAGUACAGCUGCAGACAAUCGCUACUGAUUUCCAGAGGAUUUAUAAAAUACAUGACAAGCUUUUUAUUGGACUUUCUGGCUUGGCUACUGAUACUCAAACACUGCAUCAACGCCUCAUGUUCCGUCACAAGCUAUAUGAGCUUAGAGAAGAUAGGGAUAUGAAGCCCGAGACCUUUGCCAGCCUUGUAUCUGCUAUGCUUUAUGAGAAAAGGUUUGGUCCAUACUUGUGCCAACCUGUAAUUGCUGGAUUAGGAGAAGAUGACAAGCCUUUUAUUUGCACAAUGGACUCUAUUGGAGCAAAGGAGCUCGCAAAAGAUUUUGUUGUUUCUGGCACUGCAUCUGAAUCACUUUACGGUGCUUGUGAGGCCAUGUACAAGCCCGACAUGGGACCGGAAGAAUUGUUUGAGACCAUCUCUCAGGCACUGUUGUCAUCUGUAGACCGUGACUGUUUAAGUGGUUGGGGAGGACAUGUUUAUGUUGUGACACCAACUGAAGUGACAGAGAGGAUCUUGAAGGGAAGGAUGGACUGAACACUUGUGGGGUGCUAUACUUGUUCACUAUUGCAUUUCACUGGGAUGACAUUUCACUUGUUUUGAUGAAUACUCAACAUUUCAUAUUUGAUGUUAUCGCAUCGACUUCUCUCCAAGAUUGUUAUUUAAUAGAUUCAGUUGUCUGUCACUAAUGGAUGUUAACAUUCUAGUUAGUUUACAAUCCUCUAUUUGAGCAUCCCAACGAAUUUCUGCUG